ACCGCCCCGACACAGGCCGCGGCCUCUCCGUGUCGGCGGGCGCGGGGCGGGGCCGGGGGAGGGCUGUCCCGGCUGCACCGCCCCGGCUGCGCUCGGCCUGGGCCCGGCGCGGUGCCGCUGGCGGCGGGGAGCGCCAUGGCGCUGGUGUCGGCGCUGAAGCAGAUGUCGUGGCUGUACUACCAGUACCUGCUGGUCACCGCGCUCUACAUGCUGGAGCCCUGGGAACGCACCGUUUUCAAUUCCAUGCUAGUUUCCAUUGUUGGAAUGGCACUCUACACAGGCUAUGUGUUCAUGCCUCAGCACAUCAUGGCAAUAUUGCACUACUUCGAAAUUGUGCAGUGAUGAAGAACCUAUCUUCAAGAAGUAACUGGGCUUUGAAAUCUGUUCUACAAAGAAGAAUGAACCUCUUAGUUUUACCAAGAUUUCUACCAAUGUCCAAAAGACACGCUUAUGACUCUGAAGACUAGGAAAUGAGAUAUGUAGAGCAGGGACAUGAGAUGUGAGAUGUCCCCUAUGUUGUGUUCAUUCCUUUUAAUUUUACAAGAUAUGCUAGUUUUGUCUACUUUAACAUUGUGAUUGUACUUUGAUAUCAGUAUUUUCUUAACUUUGUGACAGUUUCGAUAUUGCACUGUGAAUGCUUUUCUUAAUUGUAAUUUUGAGUAAAUCUUAAUUGCCUUCUAUUUUUAAUCUGAAAGUCAUCUUAUUAAAUGGGGCUUAAAGCUUUUGCUAUUGUAUGGUAUGUAUUUGCUUGGAGAUUUCUAUUAAUGCGUUUUGUAAGAAAAUACAUCUAGAUUCAUAUUAGAGACAUGGAUAUAUUCGUCUAACGCUAUUUACAGAAGUUAGUUUGUAUGACCGAACUCAGGUGUACUGUUUGCUGUCCAAACUUUGUUCAAACAUAUAUUUGUGCAUAUCACCUAAAUUUGGAAUUGGCCAUUAUUUCAAUCUUCUGUAUUCUACCUGUUGGAGAAGACUGGGGGAGAUGAGGCACUGAAGCGGAGUGAAGACUGCAUUUGUUACGUUUCAAGUAGUGUUGUAGUUCUCGGCUUUAUCUAGUGGGGGAAAAUGGACUUUACUGGCAUAGGCCCACAUAAGGCUUUGGGUUAGCAUUUUAAAUCAACCCUGUUUUUCUAGCUGCCAAUUCAAUUGUAAUUUUACAGGAUACUUUAUUAUGUUCCAAUGAUUAUGGUUUCUGCUAAUUUUCACUCAGCAGUGUAACUAUGUCUAGGUUUUAAAGGGGUUUUCUAUUGCUGCUAGUAUUCCAAACAUGUUUUCGCUACAAACGACCAAAACACAAGGGUUUCAAUGGACUUGAGUUACAACUACAGCAAUAAGUAGCUGAAUACUUGGCUGAAGUCCUGUCUUUUUUUUUAAUAGGGAUUUUUUUCAGUUUUGUAUUCUGAAAUGUAAGAUGGUGACAACUUUCUUAAGUGGACAAUUUUUUGUUGUUGUUGUUGUUUAAAAAAUAAAGGUUUAAAAGCAGAGUUUUGAUGCAAAACUUUCUUAGAGAAGUUAAUAUGUUUCUGAAUGCUGCUUGCUUUUCUCAGAACUUUCCAAAAGGGGAACAGUGAUACUUGACCAAAGUACUGUGAUUUUAAUGGCCCAGUAAUAAUAUGUACUGCUAUAUCUUUUAUGCAACUUCUGUUGAAAUCAGAAAUUAUAGAUGUACCUAUAGAAAUACUUGCCUUUUAGGUUUCUUUAAUUUUCUCAAAAUUUUUCUUAUGAGAAAAGAGUGUUUUUCUCCUUUAUUUAAAAACUUCAUGUGUAUUCGAUUAAAAACCCUGUUGUUUUGGAAGCUAUAAACAGUGAGCCUUAAACUUCUUAGGUGAACCUGAGCUUUCCUAAGUUGGUAGGAGUCUCCCUCUAAAUUAGUGCUUUCACUUAUUAGUAACUGGCUAUCAAAACUUGGGUAGGUUUUUGGGGUGGUGUUUUUUUGUUAUUGUUUGUGGUGCUUUUUUGUGGUUUUAUUUAACUGUAUCCAGAGUUGUGAGUGUUUUAAGCAUAUAUGGAGUUAAUGAUAAGUUAACAUACUCUUUUUGAAGUAACAUAGUAUAAAUCUGAUCUCUCUGAGGACUAAGUUGAUGCUGUGAUAUUUCUUUGCAAACUACUACCAUGAUUGAUAGCCCCUUUCUCAGCAGUAGAUGUAUUAUUUGUAUGAGGGGAAAAAGCCUUUCUGUGUGGUGGCAUUAGAAAUGUUAAGCAUGAUUUUUAAUUGUUAAAGGUUUUAUAAAAAAGCAUUGAUAUACGGACUUUUGUUAACUGUCUGCUUUUUGUUGAGAAUCACUUUCCAAUCAUUUGCGUUAUGUUGGCUUGGGCGAUAUACUUGAAUUCAAUUUCUAAUUUGAGUACAGUCUUUUUCAGCAUUUCUUUUAGUAUAAAUCAAGAAUCUCAUAGUCCUGGACUGUUCUUUUUAGAUUCUGGAUACUUCGCUAAAGAUGGAAUAAUUUAAUUAAUAAAAUGCAAAGUGUUAUUAGAGUUUGAA